AUGAUAGUGCCAUCUGAUUGGGCCAACCUGACCUUGCACCUGCAGGAUUCAUUAACGAGUGCUGUAGGUCACUUUCUGGAGCAGUGGCAAUGGAAUGUCACGCAGGCCGAACGCACUCUGAAUGCCCGGUUGGCUGAGGAAAACUUCCGCGAUGUCAUCUGGUACCUUGUGGUGAUGAUCGGCAUGUUUGCCUUCAUUGUAGUGGCCAUUCUAGUGAGCACAGUGAAGUCGAAGCGGAGAGAGCACUCCAAUGACCCAUACCAUAAAUACAUAGAGGGUGACUGGAGCACUCAACCUCAGAUUCAAUCAUACAACCAGAGCUAUGUCAUUUCCAAUAACAACGCCAGGACCUUUGAUGGCCCUGGCUCACCCUGA